AUGCAGUCAAAUAUCAUUAAAUACGCAUACCUCCACAAAGAUAUCUUUGAUGACCAACUAAUCAAGGAUAACAUACUAAACAGGACUAUUGAUCUCACUGCAUACAGAAUACAAUACAAUGAUGAAACUAUUAAGCUGUUUGGGUACAAUGUUUACCAAAGAAACAUUUUGAAUGAAGGCGACGCCGGAGUUGCUAUUGGUGUGAAAAGAAACAUAAAACACAGAGUCAUCGAUGAUUUUACAGAUUUUCUCGCAGUAGAACUAUAUACAGACCGAGGAAGCUUUGUUCUCGGGACGGCAUACAUGCCACUUAGACGAUCCCAAUUCCCAUACCCGGACAUCAUGAAAAUCAUGAGAAGGAACACUCCGGCUUACAUAAUAGCCGACCUAAAUGCCCGACAUCGCUCACUCGGACAAAGUAAUAAUAAUCUAAUGGGCAGCGAAUUAAUUAACCUGAUCCAUCGCAACAUAAUCACCCAACUUGGACCAGACUUCAACACUUUUGUAAGUGCUAGAGGGAAAGGAAGACCAGACAUCAUAAUAGGAAAUAGGAAUAUACACAUGAAUUAUGCCAUACAAGAAGGUCCACUAACAACAUCGGAUCACAUUCCUAUUAUCUUCACCCUGGCGACGUCACCCGUCAUGAUCCCGCAAGCAAAAAUGUAUGACUAUAAAAGGGCGGACUGGGAACUAUUCAAAAGAGAUAUAGAUCAACAAAUGGAUCAACCUACAGAAGAACUCACAGUUAAUAAAGAAUACGUUGACAAUAAAAUCGAUAGCUGGUAUGCAAUGCUUGAAAGUGCAAUGAACAAAGCAAUACCCAAGAAAAAAUACAUAACUCUGCCUCACCCCCUGACAAGCGACCACCGUAAGCUGUUAACAUGGAGAUACAGAAACAUCUUGGAGAUAAAAGAACAUCUUGGAUGGACGCCUCUUCUACGUACCCAAUAUAAGCAACUCCAGGAAGAAAUGAAAGAGGAAAUAAAACGACUGAAGGGAAGCAACCGCAAAGAAACACCCUACAUCUUAAACGCCAACAAUGAGAAAAUAUCAGACGAUCAAGAGAAGGAGGAGGUUUUUCGAAGAUUCUGGGAAAACGUUUUUGAAAUCAAUGAUGAUGAUAACCGCAACUUUGAUAUGCAACACGAAGCUAUGGUGCAAGAGUACCUCUCAAAUAAUAGAUACAGACUUCUCCCCUAUAGAGAAGCACAAGCAAUCAAACUUAGCAAUGAUAACCCUCUCACAAGACCCAUCACAACAGGGGAUAUCAAGUCCAUAAUUAAAGUCUUCAAGGACAAAGCCCCUGGCCAAAGUGGAGUAAGAAAAGCUAUAAUGCAGCAUCUCCCGGAUGUUGCCAUUGUAGAACUGAAAACAAUUUUCAACUGGGCUUUAUCAAUGGGCUAUUUUCCAACAAAAUUUUAA